UUUGAUUUUAGUUGUACUGAAAUCUCGCUCCCCGUUUACAGAACUGUCCUACCGUUGCUUUGACAAAUUUGUGGCUUCGUCCCAGGAUCGGACAAUUGCUGCGCCAACAAUGUCUGAAGGUUUCCGGAAUGUUCAUUUCCACCCUAAACUUCAAGCCGAAGAAUGUUCUUUUGUUGGGCAAACUUACGAAGUAUGAGCUCGAACGUUCGUUUGAACAACACACAGAUGAAAAAAAUAUCCACGGUGCAGUGAGUUACUUGUCGACUUUGCCGGCAUAUGCUUCAUCAACAGCUGUUGCGUAAAGGUGUCGACGCCGACUGGUUGCUCGCACGUCACAAGAUCCACAAUGAGAAGCUUUCAGAAUUUCAACAGAUUCUCAGAUUGAAAGGCCUUAAUGUUCGGGUAGCCGAUCGGAAUUCCUACACAGCUGAAGCGAUCGCUUGGGCCGACAUGAUAUUCACCGCCGGUGGAGAUGGGACAUUCUUGAUGGGUGCGAGCAAGAUAAUGGACUGCCGGAAAUUAAUCAUUGGGUUGAAUACGGAUCCAGAUUUUUGUAUUUGGCGUAAUCGACUUCGCGUCAGCCUCUUGCACAAUACAAGCCAACAGUUAAGGUUCACGUUGUUGGAUAAACGUAAAUGGGUUGUGCAGGAGUGGACUUCCGAAAAGCUUGACUGUCCUCCCGAAUAUAUUCUACCGUCCGUUAUAGAACGAGAGUAUCCUCUUGUACCACAGUACGCAAGAUCCACCAUGGUCCGCACUUCCUUACCUUUGUUGGCACUGAAUGAAGUUUUUAUUGGUGAAUCAGUGAGUGCAAGAGUUUCAAAAUAUGAGCUUGGUGUGGAUGGUGUUAACUUGCUUCGGCGAAAAUCAAGCGGAAUGAUAGUCGUUACUGGAACUGGGUCUACGUCUUGGUACUUACAGGGUACGGCACUAUCCCCCCAUACAGUAGCUGAGGUUUUGAAAGUAGCAAAAGCGGUAUAUGUGGAGCGAGACGGUGAGCGUGCUGAAUAUCGGCGUCAUCAUGGUUCCACCCAAUCGCUCUCAGUGAUAAACCGUUUGGUCGAACAAACGAAUCCACAAAACGACCAUCUUGAGAACUCCGUUGUUCGCGAGAUCACUGAGCGGUACAAUGCUCGUUUACCUUUUGACCCGGAAGACAGACGCAUGGCCUAUGUCAUUUUUGAACCUAUGAGCGACGGCACUGACAUGGAGCCUUCUAGAGGAUAUGCAUCUAAUUUACAGGUUCGAUCCCUCAUGCUGGACUCCCACCUGGUGUUUGACGGUGCACGUGCGUUUUCUUUCCCGUAUGGUUCCGUGGCAGAAUUCUCCAUAGAUCCAUCCGAUGCCUUGUGUUGUAUCCGACUGCGCAAUCACAGUUGAUCUCACGCAUUUUCUGCUUAUUUUACUUUUCCAUUUCGUCUGUUGAAUCAGUCCGCAAGGUUUUCCGUCCAUUAGUGUAUGUUUAUUAUUCAUAAUCGUUCAUCUUCUUAUCGUCCGAUUCUUUCGAAACAUUCAACUCGCUUAACUUGACUCGCACUACUGGCGAAUGUACACAAUCCUACCUCUGUCGUUUAAUGGGAGAAGCAAAUACAUGUGACAUCGAU